CGGUCAACACAAGCACUUCAAAUUAUAGACAAAUAAAAGGAUAUAGAUCAUCGCACUUCAGAGGUUCCCGAUGUCUUGAGCGAGGGAGCCGUCAUGAGCUGUCACAUCUCCUCCCCCACGGGCGGGGACCUGCGCGCCAAUAUUGAGGGGCUACUCAAGAAGUUUAGAGUCACGAAAGAAAACGAGAAGGAGAGUGAGAUCUUCACACUGGCCAACCUGGACAACGGCUGCAUCAGAAAGUUCAUCGUCAAGAAGGUGGACGAGUCGGCCUUCCUCGCCUCGAUCAACAACAAGAUCAAAGACGACAGCAAGUCUCUGACGGACGAGAACGAGAACACGGCGGUUCUGGAGAUCGACGACGACGUGGGCGACGGGUGCCCGCUCGUGCCCGCCUCACACGCCCUCAACAACAACGACGACGACGACGACGCCGCCAGGAACAAGAGGAAUGACAAGAAUAAGAAAGAAGGAGCCCUGGCCAACGGCAAGCUGAAGAACUUGGAACGACGGUCGUCCAAGUACAAGUUGGGAUGUGAUGACGACUCCGAUGAAGAUGACAUUAUGCCCGGGGAAGACAAGGACGACAAAGACGACCCCGGGGUAGUUAAUCCGGCCUUCUUCAGCGAGGACGACGACGAGGUGGGACGGGGCGACGGCUCCACCACCUCGGCCAGGUCGUCGCCAGAUCAGUCUCCUUCACCCUCCCCCAGAUUACACUUCAGCAGUAUGAGUCCACGGCCAAGUCCCCGCCACUCCCCGGUGAGCCACCGGUCGGGGAACCUGAGCCACCGCAGCUCCGUCUCCUCCGUCAGGAAGGGCAUCCUGAAGAAGAGCGGCUCCUCCUCCACGAUCAACAUGGAGAUGGUGAACCUGGGGCUGCAGCAGAACGCGGCGGCAGCGGCAGCAGGAAACGCAGCCACCCUCAAUGGUUACCAGAGAGCGCGCUUCACGGACCCCUAUGACGACAACUUCGUCCCUAUUGACACACACCGCUUUGUUGGCUCCUCAGAAGAAUCCAACUACGUCGCCCAGAAGUCCUUAGGAGGUCACCGGGUCAAGUUCAUCCUGGAGACAGGCAAGCCUGACCACGUUCAUGGUUCCUAUGAUGACAUCCGGAUAGAAAAGAUGGAGAGAGAGAGGAUCGAGAGGAUAGAAAGUGGGAAGAAUCUUGAGGUGACGAACAUGACAGGCGACAAGGGCGGCCGCAAGUGUCUGUUGUUCUGCGCCGCCAUGCUGGUGCUCACCGGCUCCGUCAUCGUGGCCGGCCUCUACGGCUCGGGCAAGCUGAAGAAGAUCGCUGACUAUGGUCAAGGUAUACAGAGCAGCAGUCUGUCAGGGGCAGGCUCAACCCAAGCCCCCUCCACCACCCCACCUUAUGUUCCUAAUGCUUUAGAAGCUAAAUUUACAAUCGACAAUCUGGAAUUUACGAAUGAGUUAACGGACAUUGACUCGGUCAACUUUAAGGGACUUGCCAAUGCCUUGGAGAAAGAGUUGGGGACAGUGCUUUUCAGCUCAGCUGAGCUCUAUAAUGGGAAGGCCGCACUAAAACUCAGGAUCCUCAGAUUUGAACCCGGGAGUAUUAUAUGCACCUUCAGGAUUGGAUGGACAUACUUCAAUGAGCAGACUGUCAGCCACCAAACAGCACCUCUCAAUAUUAGCAUUGUCAGAGAGCGAUUAGAAACCAAGGUUGCAAGUGGUUACCUCAACCAGGACUACAAAGUCAAAGAAGGCUCCAUUAUUGUCGACAGAUUACUGGAUAAAUGCCUGAACAACCAAUCAUUGUGCUCCCAUGGGUGCAAAUUUUCAUAUGAAGAACUGCGGUUUACCUGCUUUUGUCCUGACUACCUCUACCUCAUCAAUACCACCUUCUGUGUUCCUCCCAAUCAGUCCACAUCAUCAUCAACCACAUCAUCAUCAACUUCAACCACAACAGAAAUCACCUUAAAUGAAGUAUUCAGCAAAGUUAUAAAUCAAGUAGGCAAUGCCACCUUCGUCAGUAUCAAGUCAGAGACUACAGAGACAGCGAUAGAAGAGCCUCCGAAGCUGACUGAUGAAGAAGCGAAGGAUGCAAACACAACUUCCAUACACCCAGGAGAUGACAAAACUAAACUCGAAGAUGCUGCUACUACAGCUGAUCUCAAUUCCACUAGCACAUCUAUUGAAGGAACUGAUGUGUUUGCAGAAGCUCCCACCAAUGUUACCACAGAGGGAGAAAAUGUUAUUGGAAAUGCUACUGGUGUUACUAUAACUGAAACUAAUGUUACUGAUGCUACAGCCAAUGUCACUGAUGUUGCAAGCACAGCCAAUGUCACUGAUGUUGCAAGCACAUCCAAUGUCACUGAUGUUGCAAGCACAGCCAAUGUCACUGAUGUUGCAAGCACAAGCAAUGUUACUGAUGUUACAAGCACAACCAUUGCUCCUAUAGAAGAAAGUGUAAAACCAAGAUCAAAUGAAUCAUUGACAGCUGUAGAAGGAAUGGACUCGAGUAAUGUUACUAUCCAAGUAGAAAAUACAACCCAUAUCAGUCUUGAGGUUGAUGAACAUGGAGUUACAGAUGGGGACCAUGGAAAAGAUAGCAAUACUACAGCUUCAGAGGCAAGAGACAUAAUUAAGAUUUCACCUGAAUCUGAAGAUGGCACCCCAUUGCCUUCAGAAACUGCUUCAAAUACUUCUGUAGAUACAAAUGUUGAGAGAGAACCUGUCGGUGUCAAUGAGACACAAACAGUUUCCUCCACUACUGAAGUGACUCUAAAUACUACCACCUUGGAAUCUGCUGUUAUAGACCAUACAAAUAUCACCACAAGUGAGGGAGGAACUAGUCAAGUAGAAGGGGAAGCUAUCACCACUGUGCCUCAUACAGUUGAGGCACCCACCAAUGUGACUGGAACAGUGAAUGUAACAUCUACAGAUGACCCAGUAGUUAUAAUUAUCACCAAAGAGCAUCCUCCAGCCAACAGGAGUGUCUUAUCUCCAGAGAUCUAUGUGUCUCCUGGGACACGCCUGGAAGAUAUUGCUGCAUUUGCAAAUGGCCACUCUGACAAAGUGUUUAUUAUUCAGGAUCUCUCAGCACUCAGGCCAGGAGACUCUCCUGGGGAUGUGCGUCUUCAGGAUAUGAACGUGCCUGAGGAAUUUGUAAACCAAUUUCCAGAUUCAGCUUCCACACUGAAUGCAACACAAGAUACAAGCAUAAAAGGAACAACAGAAACCAGUACAGUUUUAUUAAUCAAUAAUGAAACAAUAAAUACCUACAACACCACAAGUUUUGAAACAUCUGAUAAGGUUAGUCACAAUAAAAGUUCAAGUGAAAUUCCAGUAAGCAGUACUAUUUUGUUCAAUAAUGAAACAAGGGACAGUACUGCACAAACAUCUGAGAGACCUUUUGUUAUAAUAACUGCAGCUAAGGCAGAUGAAAUUGAAAACAUUGUUCCUAAAGAAGGACAUGAUGAUCUUAAUAAAGAAGUGGUGACAGUGCAUGCCAUAUUAUAUGAAGGUAACCCAGUGUUUGCCAACAAAACACCACCACCUGUGCGAACAUCAUCAUCCACUACAUCUACCACCACACCCAUGGCACCCAUUCUCACAGAGUUGCCCGAGAUCACUAAUAAACCUCCAGAGGCGAGUGUCAACCAUACUAUCCAAACUGUCAUAAUAAAUUCUGAUGUGAAUAUUCAGGGAGAAGAAAGCCAUGUUGAUAAAUCUGAUCCUUCCAACUUUGGUAUAGAUUUUGGAAUUAUUUUCAAUGCAAGUUCUGACCUUGGCUCCAUGUUAGGCAAUGCCACCAAUGCUUCAGGUGACUCACCUGUGGCACCACAGUCAACAUCUACUACAACCUCUACAACACUCUUAAUAGGCACAACUAGUACAACUUAUAAUUCAUCUGGUGCAGUACUUCCUAGUGGUGAAUUGGCUGCAGGACGAGAAUCACCUGCAGGGAUCACCUCUGUUAAUGUUUCUGACAGUGUCACCACUUCUGAUCCAACCCUCGUCUGGAAAUUCCAUAAAGAAGUCCAGACCACAACAGUGUCUUCAGUUAUGCCAGCCAAGAUGCUCUGUAGUGAAGACCAGGUGGAGUGCACAAAUGGCACAAGUCCCCUUGGACGCUGCAUUCCCCGAAGUGCUCGCUGCAACUCUGUGCCUGACUGCUCGGAUCUCUCGGAUGAGCAUGACUGUAGGGAAAACAACUGCUUUGGUAAUUUCCAGUGUCAGGAUGGUGAAUGUAUUGAACGGCAGUAUGUAUGUGAUGGCGUCACCAAUUGUCGUGAUGGUGAUGACGAACUAAACUGCGAUUCUUGGAAGUGUCAUGCUGAUGAGUUUACAUGUGGAGGCAUGUCACCAUCCCCUUGUGUCCCUAUCUCCCUACGAUGUGACGGCCAGCCUGACUGCAGUGACCACUCAGAUGAGGUCAACUGCAGUGACAGCUGCCCUAGUGAUGCUUUCAGAUGUCCUGAAGGGUGGUGCAUACCCCUGGCCAGGACCUGUGAUGGCAUACCUGAUUGUCAUUCUGGACAGGAUGAACACAAUUGUGGAUGCUCUGGUCUGGAUGAAACGCCAUGUGCUGUAGGUGGCUGUGUGCCCACCUUCCACCUAUGUGAUGGGCUACGGCAGUGUCAGGAUGGCUCUGAUGAGUGGCAUUGUGUCAGAAUAGACAACAGCACACGACAACUUGAAGUUAGGAGUGGAGAGAAUCGGUGGAUGGCUGUGUGUGGAGAGGGCUGGACGAGCCAGUGGAGCGACUUGGUUUGUGAGCAGCUUGGUGAAGCAGCCUCACUUAGCACGGAGGUGAGGCGUGUGGUGGAAGCUGUGCCUCGCCCAAGAGUUAGGCUAGCUCCCAAAGCCUCAGCCCAAGCCCCCACACCCCUCCAAUUUGUUCUCAAGUCUGACUGUUCAAGUGAAUCCUUGGUACAUCUGGCAUGUGAUCAGCACUCCUGUGGGUCCUGGAGCCUAGGGGAUGAUGCGCUAGAAGAGCAGAAUAUAUCAGCAGGAGCACGACCAGCAGUGACAGAAGGACUGUGGCCCUCAUUAGCACUCCUGCUGAGAACCCAUCCUUAUAACAACACCCAUGCUCAUACCCAGUCCUGUACUGCCUCCAUUGUUGCCCCAAGCUGGGUGUUAGCUGCCUACUCGUGCCUUUCAACCAAAGAAAAUGGAAUGGAUCCAGGCACAUGGGCAGUUGUGUCUGGUGUAGCAACUCCAGCUGUCACUGUGCAGUUUCACUAUGUUGCCAAGAUGGUCCCCUUCCCUGGGACUGUCAGGACUGGUGGACUUUGGACUGGGGAUGCUGUGCUCCUGCGCCUUGACACUCCACUUGUUUUAGGACACAACACACAGCCAGUGUGUGUUCCUAAUGGUCCACCAGCCAGCAAUGCUCUGUGCGUUGUUGCUGGUUGGACCCGCUCUGAAUAUGGAGCAGACAGUGAAAGCCAGUUCCUCCACUACCUGCCAGUACCACUUCUUGCACUUGAUGCCUGUAACACCACCCACUACCCUGGCCGCCUCAACCAGGCACACACCUGUGUUGGCUUCACCGAUGCCCAACAUGCUCCCUGCCAUGGUGACGAGGGUAGUCCACUCAUGUGUCGGAGUGAGACCGGUGCAUGGCGACUCGAGGGACUGCUUACCCACCAUGCCCGGUGUGGCCGAGCAAGACAUCCUGCUGUUUUCACGGCUCUCCAUGCACUUCAGCCCUGGCUUAGUAAUACAAUAGGUACUCCCUAUGUUCCUAGAUUUACCCCAACCACAACUACUACGACAACAACUACUACUACGACCACCACUACUACAACCACUAGUCCCCAAACUCGGCAGUUUGCAAUAGCCACAAAUUCCACAGACAUCAAAGAGUCAUUACCACCUGUGUCGUCUCCUGGUAAUGCUCCACUAUAGCACCUGCUAGGCUCUAGUAAGGUUUGAAAGGUGCCAUACGUGCUAUGAACGUGCUAUAACAUGUGCUAAACAAUUACAUUGAGAAAAAGAUAACAAAUUUAUCAUUCAAUGCUGUGAUCAUAAUGUGUGUGUUUACGAGAGUUACUUAUUGGAUAUUAAUGACUUUCACAAUAAUUAUACAUCAAGGCUAUCUACAGAAAAGGACUGAUUAUGAUGGCCAGUGCAAAACAUUGCAUUGUCAUAAAAAUAUUUUUCAAUUAUAGUGAGCUCCAGAACUUGUUAACUCAAGAUACUGUGCUGGGAUCUCAUCUCUUUGGUGCUGAGGGAAUAUUGCAGUAAUGUUUCAGAAAUUGAGUGACAAGAUGUGUGUAGUGAAAGAGGGAAUAUUUUACGUUUAUUGUACAAUACGUAUAUGAAAAGUGAAUUGUUAAAAAAAAUAAAGUGCAAUUUAUAAGGAAAUGCUGGUUGGGUUCAUGUCCGGAAUGCUACGACUGUUUGAUGCACAAACUAACAGACAUGCAACAGGAGUGUGACAUUGUAGUGCUGCAACAAACAGUGAAAAAAAUGGAAGCAGUUCUCUACAACCACAGUGUUAACCAAAUACAAUAUUUUUAGGUGAAUAAUAUAUCCGGUUUUCUUUUGCGAAAACUGGAGGUUGUUGUCAUACAGGGACCAGUGAAUGCAUUUAUGAAACUGAACCAUUAUGAGUGAGACUAUGUUGUUGUGGCCAUGUGGUUGACAGGUUGUGUGUGUCUGGGAGUCAGAGCUUAAGCUGUGGUUCAUAGGCCAAUUUCUCAACAUCUUAUAUAAUACACAGGCUUAAGACCCAGAACCGCCAAUCACAUUAUAUAUUCAUAACACGGGUAUGAAGCAGUCACUAGUGUACUGUAGAAUAGGUUCCAGGGGCCAUCCAUGCCAGGGUGCAAGGACCACUUGAGAUCUAGGGUGCACAAUGUAAGGAUCUUACUGCAGAUCUGAUUUGUCACGACACUAGAAUACACAACUUAUGAAAGCAAAGUCAAAUUACAUGUACACCACUAAAUUGUUGGGCUCAAAAGUCCCAAAGAACAUUACUUUAGCUACAACAUAAAUAACAAGUGCAACAUAGUAUCUGAUCUGCAAGAUACAAGGUAUAAUAUGCACCUGAUAAAGUGCAAUGCACAAGAUUCGUUUACAAGGGUGUAAUGCAGGAUCAUUUGAUAGGGUGCAAUCUCUAGGAAUUCUCAUGAUCAUCAGAGUUGGGAUCCUAUAGAUCCUACUCUAAAUCCAAAUUUCCAAGCUGAAUACAGCACUUGGCAAUUCCAGCUAUAUAUAUAAAUAUAGUAUAAUAUAGAUUGUGUUGGUAAUUAUAAACACUUAACACAACAAGCAUUUCAGGGAUCUUAUAUUAAACCACGAUGCCAUUACUGUACUGUAUUUAAAUGAAACAACGAGUUUAAAUACUGCUUCCUUAGUUUUUAAAGGAUAUGCUGUGGCACAAUAUGACAACUAUUUGUGCAAAAUCUUCCUAGUAGAAUUUGUGGGUUUAACAUUUUACAAAAAUACUUACCAUAUUGAUUAUGAAAUUUCAGUUGUUUAUACUUUAUUGUAUAUAGAACUCAGAGCAGUUAUUAAAUUGUGAAAAAAUUUAAAUACCUUAAUAUCAUCAUUAUUAAAGUCUCAUUACUAGCCUACAUUUCCCACUUUUAUGGAGCAAUAAGUCACUAACUUUUGAGAUAAAAAGCAAAUGAUAUGUAUAAUCAAAGAAUGUUUGGUUAAAAUAUAGCACUUGUCCAUUUAUUAUAUCAUCCUCACUGUAUAGCAUCACUAAUAAACAAGCAUCACAACACUUGGGCAAUUAUUCACAUCAAUAUCAAACCACCUCACACAACAUGGCUUACAGUGCUCCUUGUGAGUUAAAUUCAGUACAAAUUCAAAUGCAUUCACACCCUUCUUGGUAACCUCUCCUGAAUCUUAUGAAUUUAUCAGCUUUCACAUUCCACAUUUUUCCAUAACAUUUUUCCUGCAUCUACUUUCUAAAUGCUACGUAUGUGCUUAAUUUGUUUAUUUUCCAUGUUCGUAGCACAUCAUCAUCAUCUCGCACCCAAACACAGGCUGGGCACCACCGUGUUAAUCCAAUGCACACCCAUCACACUUCUUUCCUUGUUGGGUCUAGACACCAGACUUCUUCUCUCACUCUACUGUCAAAUUUGUUUACAUAAUUACUAUUAUUAUUAGUUGCAUAUCCCAGACAUUUAAAAUGAUCAAUGACGACUUCAUUUACAUAUAUUUCUUAAGCAGAUAUUCCUCCUCACCCCACCACCAUAACUGUUUUAGUUUGCAAUCUUUGACACACAUCUCUUUGAAAUUUCAACAUGCUUACAUGCAUUUUUAUCACACUUCUAAAAGUAUUGCAUCAUUUGAAAAAAAGUUAUACAUUCAGUACUUCAAUAUUAGUACCCAUACUGUUCUUGUAUUAAGCGUGUUGGCAUAAGUUCACACCCCUUUCAUUAUUCUUUGACUCCAAUCAUAUAUACACUGUAUCUCAAAGGUAAAACUACAUAACCCUGGCAUAUAUAAUAAACCACUCAUUACACCUUUAACUUUUACACAUGCUUUAUUUCCUACAAAAAAACUUUCAGAACAUUUAUUAGAACCAGUUUCAUACAUCUUUACUCUCCAGACUCCUUAGUCUAAAUAAUUGUAUAAUUGUAAUUAAAAAUAAUUAACAAGGUUUGGCAAUAAAAAUGUUAUUCAUAGCUAUUCAAAACAUUCAUAGGCAUUGUGGUCUUCUUAUUUAUGAUCUUGAAAUUCCUGGCUUACUACAUUUUGUUUUGCUUGAUGCAAACUUAAUGCAAUAAAAUUUUACAUAUAAUGUAUGUAUAUAAAUCUGUACAUUGCGUGUAUAAUAAUUAUUAUUAUUAUUUUUGUCGGGAACAGGAAGCAUGUAUACAUAUAAAUACUUUAGGGUUGUUCCAAAGUUCCCCCAAGGUCAAACUGCUGACCAUCCCCAAGACACAACCCCACAACAGUUGCCCAACUCCUGGGUACAGUAUCUAUUUACUGCUAGGUGAACAGAGGCAUUAGGUGGAAGGAAAUGUGCUCAACCAUUUCUGUCCUGCCCAGGAAUCGAACCUGGAAUUCCUGAUUGUUAUUCGCGAAAGAAGCUAACAGCAAUACAAGAUAAUGCAUGUGCGCAUGCACAAAUGCGUAGUAAAAUAUCAUCUCAUUAGGCUUUUGUCUUAUACAUGCCAAGCUUCUUUUGUAAAUGUUUAAUAUACACACGUGCAAUAGAAAGUGUACAUAAAAAUACAUAACAUGGAAUGUGCACAGUGAUAGGAAAUAGGAAGUGUACAUGGUCAUAAGAAAUAGGAAGUGUACAGUACUGUAAUACAGAAAUUUAGCCUAGUUUUCAUUUUAUACUAUGUCUUUCUCCUAAAAUUUCUCCUGAAACAAGACCUCAUGUUUCUAAUAAAGAAUAAACCUUUAUGUACUUCAGAGACUAUCCUAAACACCUGCAGAGUAAGGUAAGGAGUGCAAUAUGUGAUCCCUGAAAUGCUGUUGGUGCUAAGCUUGUUUUAUACAUGGUCAUAUUCUCUGUCUGUGUGUAUGGCUGGAAGGUGGAUGAUAUUUGAAUUAUUCUUGUUGAUUAAAAAUACAAGUAAAAAGGUCAUCCUGUUUUUUUGUUUUUUGGUUAAAGAGAUUGGCGAGUAUUUAUUGUCUUCAGAAUGGGUUUUCGGAUCAGUUACCCUAACCUGUAGAAGGCCAGACAACUGAUAGUUCUUUGAGGGGUCUAGUGCAUCUUUUCAUGGUCGAGGUGGACCUGUUUUCUGUGUGUUUAUGGCUCAUAUUCGAUUUUUUUAAACAUAAGACAGUCACCCAUAAAGACACUGUUUAGAAGUCUGACAGAAACUAAUUGUGAGAUUUCAAAGUAUUUUGUUAUAUCAAACAUUUUGUGCUCAUUAUGUAUAUAGUCUUGUAUAAAAUGUCCAUUGCUAUUAAUAUCAUCCAUAGUAUAUCUCUUGCCUUUCUUUAGUGUUUCUCUUAACACUCUCUGUUAUAUAAUAGUUGAGAAUUAUGUGAUAUUACUUAGCAACAGGUCUUAAUUGUCUUAUGUGUAAAGCUCAAGUAAGCUUAGGAAAUUGGACUGGAAUUACAGUAUAUGUUUCUCUUUGAGCUGAGUAUUCUCUCCCCCCCCCUGAGCAGAGUAUUUGCUUGCAUAUCUCGUGUGUUACUUUGUUAUACUAUAUUAUUCCUCUUAUAUUAUCCCUCUGUAAUAUUAUUUCUCAAGUAAUAUGCAUCAUGUAUUGUGUCUAAUGUUGAGAAAUUGUUAUGUCUUGUUUUUAGUAAUUUAUUAAGCAGGUUUUUAUAUAAUAUAUUUGAUAUAGGUUGUAAAUUUUGAUGGACAAAGCAUUUUUUAAAUUCAGUUUGUUAUUCAUUGUCUAAGUGGAUGCAAAAAUAUGAAAUUAGUUUCUCUCAAAUAUCUCAAAUGGGAUUAAACAAAAUUAUGUUGUGAGAAUGUGGAGUGUUUGAAGUGCAAGAACCUAGGUGAUGAAAUAUUUACUAACAAGAUCACAUGAAUAACACCAGAGGCUAACGUUGCUUCUAAUUAAGGGUCUUGCCUUUUUUUUCCCCCAAUUCAGUCCAAACUUUUCACUUAUUAAAUCACACUCGUCUUCCAGAAAAACACAUGAACCUUAGUGUCUUGCAAGUUGUUGAUAUUACAUACUAUACAUACAUAAUGAAUUAUAUAUAGUGUCCACUGAGUUUAAGGACUUGUAUAGGAAUAUACCCUACUCCAAGUCAGAAUGGUUGCCAAGCUCGAAAUUGUUAAAUGUUGGUAAUAUUCAUGGGCUCCGCAAUGUGCUCUUUUUUCUUUCUUAAUGAAAAUUAUGUACCCUUUUCUCACACUCACUCUCUCACACACACACACACACACACACACA